GCCGCCUAUUAAUGUCCUGGAGAUCAUUUCAGGUCAGGGAUCCUGCGUAUUUUACAAUGAUGGCUGCUUUGGUUAGAAUAACUGUGCUUUGCACCCUGGCUCUGGUCAUCCUGGCAUCAGGAAAUGAGGAUGGUCACCCUCAAGUGGAAACGCAGUACGGCAAGCUGCGGGGAAAGAUUCUGUUUGUAAAGGGAACAGAGAGGACUAUCCACGCCUUUUAUGGAGUUCCCUUUGCUACUCCUCCAGUUGGUUCAUUGAGAUUUGCAGCCCCACAACCUCCCAAAUCAUGGAGUUCAAUCAGGGAGGCUACAGACUAUGCUCCAAUAUGUCUCCAGGAUUAUUACAUCAUGGAGCAGUUAUUGGCUAGGUUUGAAGUCCAGUUUACUCUUCCCCCGGUAUCUGAGGACUGUCUGUAUCUGAACAUCUUCACACCAGCUGAUCGCAUGACGGGGGAGAGGUUGCCUGUCAUGGUGUUCAUACACGGAGGAGCCCUGGUGAUGGGAGGAGCCAUGAUGUUUGAGGGUUCUGCAUUGGCUGCCUAUGAAAACGUUGUAGUUGUCUCCAUCCAGUACCGACUGGGGAUACCUGGGUUCUUCAGUACUGGAGAUGACCGAGCUCCUGGCAAUUAUGGCUUGUUGGAUCAGGUUGCGGCUCUUCAGUGGGUUCAGGAGAACAUUGCAUAUUUUGGAGGUGACCCCAACUCUGUGACUAUUUUUGGAGAGUCUGCAGGGGGUGUCAGUGUCUCAGCCCUGGUGGCAUCUCCAUUAGCCAAAGGCCUAUUCCACAGAGCUAUUGCAGAGAGUGGUGUAGCCAUAAUUCCGUAUUUGGUGGCUAAGUCUACAGAAGAAGUUGUGUUUUUCAGUAAUAUUGUGGCCAAUAUUUCAGGCUGUGAUGUAGACACAUUGGGGGACUGUCUGAAGGAAAAAUCUGAAGAAGAGAUCAUAUCUAUGACAGUAUCUAUGAAAUUCAUGGCUCCGCCUGUAAGUAUUGAUGGGGUGUUUUUCCCUAAACCUGUGGAACGAAUUUUGGCAGAUAAAGAGGCUAAUGAUGUGCCAUUUAUAGUUGGAGUAAACAACCAUGAAUUUGGAUGGAAUGUCCCUUCGGUUAUGAACAUCACAGGAUUUCUAGAAGGAAUGGAGAGAGACACAGUGCAAGAAACGCUAAAGAACCUGCCCAUGCUGGGUUCUUACUCCAGCGCUAUCAGAUUCCUGAUAGACGAGUAUGUCGGAGAUGAGACUGAUCCUGCUGAAAUCCGUAACCACUUUUUAGAUCUGGUUGGAGACCUCAUCUUUGUCAUCCCAGCACUGAAAGCGGCCAUGUAUCACAGAGAUUCUGGCUAUCCAACAUACUUCUACGAGUUCCAGCACUGUACUUCGUUCUUUAGUGACUCUAAGCCAAGCUUUGUGAAGGCUGAUCACGGGGACGAGUUGUUCUUUGUGAUAGGAGGUCCAUUUUUGACGGGCAACGUUCUGUUCUCAGGAGCCUGUACUGAAGAAGAGAAGGUUCUGAGCAAGGUUGUUAUGAAAUACUGGGCCAACUUUGCCCGCACUGGUGAUCCCAAUGGGCCAGGCCUGGUGCAGUGGCCACAGUAUGACCAGGAUGAAGUUUAUUUGCAGAUUGACAUAGAGCAGAGGGCUGGAAAACAGCUUAAGUCUGGAAAGUAUGAAUUCUGGACCAAGGUGCUUCCUCAGAAGAUGCAAGAGGAAAAUCAGGAGCACACAGAGCUAUAGAUGUCUACCAAGUAGUUUACAAAAAACAUUAAAGAAGAUUGACAAAAACACAUCAGCCAUGUGUAGUACUGCUUUCCGUCUUACUUUUUUAAAACUCUUUAUUUUGAUAUUUUUUUUUUUCAGUUUCAACACAAUUACAAGUAACAUAUCUGUCUGAGGAGUAGACCCAAAAGAUAAGUUACAUGGCAUGGCUCCAUAAGUGUGGUUGCCCACAGAUAGAGAGGCAGAAAGUAUUCCAAGAAUUAUUAUUAGAGAAGUAAGAAGAACAUGAUCAAGAUAUGAAAUUAAUAUAUCUCAUGAGAAUUUUAAUAAAUUCAGAUUUUUUUAUGGGGUAAAAAUAGCGGUACCAAUCAAGGAUAUCUGUACAACCCACCUAGGGUGGUUUGACAUAUGGCAUUUUUCUGAAAAGCACACAAAAACAGUGUUGUGUUUUUCUCUUGCCUUUGUUUUUUUUUACUGUAAAAAUUGCUACUUGCUGAGAAAAAUAAAACCCUAU